AUGAGUAGUAGUGAGUUGUUAGAUUCCCUCACUUCUGAGGUGGAAUCUUUUACGAAUACAGGCUAUAAUAGUGUCAGUGGUCUCUUGAAGGAGUCUAAUAAUUUCUUGAGUUAUCUUAAAGAAGUUGAAUCAUCGUUAUCGGAGGAUCUUAAAACAGAGGAACAAAAAACCAAAGAUCCCCAAUCUCUUUCGAAAUUCGAAACUGAAGCUAGUCAAUGGUAUAAGGAGUCAAUAUCUCAGCUAAAGUCUUACAAUACUUCCACAAAUAAGUUUCUGAAGAAUAUCCUCAAUAACUCAAAGUUUAACAUAGAUCUCGAUGAGGCUUAUACUUACCCCUUGAAUUUGAAUAACUAUCCUGAGAGAGUUGGAAAGGGUUCUUCUGCCUAUAAUGGUUCUGAUAUAUCCCUCAAAGCUAUAAAGGCGGAAGGACAUGAAGAGCUUCUAAAAGCUAUAAUUUUACAUUUAUUAAAAAUUGGUCAAUGUGACUUAGUUAAAGAAAUGGUGAAGGAAUUAGAUCAUGAUGUGGUAAUUGAAGAAGAGUUGCUUUCCAAAUUUAAAGUAUUGAAUGAAAUUGUGGAUGAUAUAAUAAUGAAACAUGAUAUUACGAGAGCAUUAAAUUGGUUCAAGGAUAGGUAUAAUAAUAGCAUGACAUUAUCCAAUUCAUUGAAAAAUAUACCUUCUCAGCAUAACUCUUCAAGUGAUCAAAUCGAAUUUAAGUUUCAUAUGUUGCAGUUUGCAUUAUUGUUGAAUAAUGGUUCGUCAUUUAAUUUAGAUAAUGCUUUGCAAGCUUACUUGUAUUCGAAAGAACAUUUCUCGAGGUUUUUCGUUGAUUAUCUUCACGAAAUUUCUCCUAUGUUGACAUUAUUACUUUUCAAAACUUCCAGAGACGAUGACGAUGAUGAUUACGCUAGAAAGCAUAUGGUAAACUUGCUUUCGGAGUUUACAAAUAAAAUGAAAUUAUGCUUCAGAAUGGAUCAGGAUAACAAUAGGACUGUGAAUGGAAGCUCUAUGUUCGUAGGUGAGCUUUUGGCAAACUUUGAACACUUGCAUUCAAAUCCGUCCAUUUUCGUCAAUCUAGCGAAUGAGUUCAUUUCGGAAUAUUGUAAAGACUUAAAGCUUUCCAAUGAUUCAUCACUUUUUCAAAGUAUAUUGGCUGGUUUUAUCAAUUUGCCAAGCUUCUACAAGUAUAACAAGAUUCAGAUGAAAUUGAGCAAGAUAAAGAAUGACCCUGAAGUUGAAGGCUCCAAGAUAGAUAGACCAACCAUCCUUGAAGCCGAUUACAGUUAUGAUUUACCUUUUCAAUUGCCGGAUUCUAGUAGAUUUCUAUUCAAAUAUCAUCCGAUAUUCAUUUGUCCAAUAUCCAAGGAACAAUUAAUUCCAGUUACAAAUAAUCUUCACUAUGACUCUGAUGAUAAGCACAAGAAGAAGAAAAAGAGAUCGACCCUUGAUCCAUCUUCCAAUACAGCUCUCAAUCUGGUAGUUGUUUUAAACUUUUGUCAGCACCUCGCUUUGAGGGAAAGUGUAUGGCAAAUAUCAAAGAAAGGCACAGAGAUUUUUAACUGUCAUUAUUGUUACAAGAAACAUAAAUUCUCUGAUGUAAGUGAAGCUUACUUUAUAGAUUUGUAA